GCCUAUAUUAAGAAAGGUAAACUUAUACGCAGUUUUAUCCCCCUGUUGUCAGUCGUAUAACCUAAGGUGUGGAAUGUAGGCCUACGUAAAUCAGAUGCACCAAGCUGGCCUCUCACUUCGCGGCGGUUCUUCCACCUCUGACUGCUUCCCCCUCAGCCACCGCAAUACAGAUGAAUGUGGAAGUGAGACUUCAUCUGGACCACGGAAACACGAAGUGAGAGCAGAUAACACUUUAACUAUUGUUAACGAGUAACCAGGGAAAGUCACAACAUAAAGCAUUAACUUUUACAUAACGUGGAGUUGAGAUCAGUAUUGAAGAUUAGGGCGUGUUGUGAGAUACAGCACAGCAUCUGUGGACAAGCCUACAUUUCUGUCAAGGAUGAGGUCCAUUGUGAGUUUCUACAUAUGCUACCUGCUUUGCCUGGGUCUGGGCCUGGCCUGCGUGGUCUGUGUGUGUUUGUGGAAUAGCCAGUGGCGAGGGGGUUUUGCAUGGGACGGCUCGGCACUGCAGUUCAACUGGCACCCUGUUCUGAUGGUAACAGGUCUAGUUGUGCUAUACGGCAAUGGAGCUGUGUUGUACCGUGUCCCCCUGACCUGGGGUCAGAAUAAACUCCCCUGGAAGCUGCUGCAUGCCACACUGAUGUUCCUUGCUCUGAUUCUGUCAAUUGUGGGUCUUUGUGCUGUGUUUGGCUUCCACAAUAAAAAAAACAUUCCCAACCUCUACUCUUUGCACAGUUGGAUUGGAAUCGCUGCUGUAGCUCUUUUUGCCAUACAGUGGGUGGGGGGUUUGGCUGGCUUCCUUCUGCCCUGCUCCCCCAUAUCAAUACGUGCACUCCUGAAACCUGUCCAUGUGUGGAUGGGAGGCAGCAUACUGUGGCUCAGCAUCGCUGCAUGCAUUUCUGGAAUCAACGAGAAACUGUUCUUUGUCCUCACUGGAACUCAGGCGUAUGCUAACCUUCCAUCCGAGGCUUUGUUAGGAAAUUCAUUAGGACUUUUAAUUGUAGCCUUCGGCUUUGUUGUCCUCAUGAUUUUGUCCAACCACAAAUGGCAGCGACCAGACUCCAGUCCUGAGGUUCUGGCUUACACGCCAUUGCUUGAAGAAGAAAACGAAUGAAGGGAAAAAGUUCAGCCAUUACAGAUUACAUUGCCCCUUUUACAAUGCAAAAGUUUUACAAACUUUGAUCUACUUUGAAUGUACAAGCAGCUUGGUUAACAGUGUGAUAAGUAUCAAUGUAUGUUGUGGGUGUACAUAUUUAUUUGAAAUUAUAUUUAAGAUUGAUCUUUUGCCAAAGAAUAAAGAAAAGUUUUUUUUGUCAAA